AUGGAAAUCGAUGGACUUGAGAUGAUAGCGGUUCUCGUGGUGCUUGCCCUGUUUGUCAAAGUGCUGGAGCAAUUUGGACUUUUCGAACCAGUGGUCAUUGAAGGAGAUAGCAUUGAGGAUGAAUUUGAGCCUUCCACAGUGUGUCAUCGACCUGAAGGCCUGGAGCAGCUUCAGGGGCAAACAAAGUUCACCAAGAAGGAACUCCAAGUCCUCUAUCGGGGCUUCAAAACUGAGUGUCCCAGUGGUGUUGUUAACGAAGAGACAUUUAAACAGAUUUACUCCCAGUUCUUUCCUCAAGGAGACUCCAGUAUGUAUGCACACUUCCUAUUCAACGCUUUUGACACAGACCACAACGGCUCUGUCAGUUUCGAGAACUUUGUGACAGGUUUAUCUGUGAUUCUCCGUGGGACUAUUGACGACAAACUCAGCUGGGCAUUCAACCUAUAUGAUUUAAACAAAGAUGGCUGCAUAACCAGAGAGGAAAUGUUGGAUAUAAUGAAAUCCAUUUAUGAUAUGAUGGGCAAGUACACGUACCCAACAGUGAGGGAGGAUUCACCACAGGAGCAUGUUGAAACCUUUUUCCAGAAAAUGGACAAGAACCGAGAUGGCGUCGUCACUAUCGAGGAGUUUAUCGAAACCUGUCAAAAGGAUGAAAAUAUCAUGAAGUCAAUGCAGCUUUUCGAGAACGUCAUCUAGAGGUCGGAGGUGGAGCUGAGGUCAACAGUGAGUUGACCUCUGACUCCUUGCCCUCCUUUCUUGGCAGUCAACUUGAUUGAUGGAC